CCCCGCCCACGCCGCGCCCAGAGCGGGGCCCCGCGGAGCGCAGAGCUUGGAGCCCGGAGCCCGGAGCUGCGAUGAAGGUCUGGAGCUCGGAGCACGUGUUCGGCCACCCAUGGGACACAGUCAUCAAGGCUGCCAUGAGGAAGUACCCGAAUCCGAUGAACCCCUGUGUCGUGGGAGUCGAUGUGUUGGAGCGCAGCGUGGACGGCCGCGGCCGGCUGCACAGCCACCGCCUCCUGAGCACGGAGUGGGGGCUGCCGGGCCUUGUGAGAGCGCACCGUGACAGACUGCAGCCUGGCUGUAUCAUUUGUUGGAUUUUGGGGACCAGUAGGACUUUGACGUACAUUAAAGAACAUUCGAUUGUGGACCCGGUGGAAAAGAAGAUGGAGCUUUGCUCUACCAAUAUCACACUCACAAACUUGGUAUCAGUGAAUGAGAGAUUGGUAUACACACCCCAUCCAGAGAACCCUGAAAUGACUGUGCUCACACAAGAAGCCAUCAUCACUGUGAAGGGCAUCAGCCUAGGCAGCUAUCUGGAAAGUUUAAUGGCCAACACAAUAUCAUCCAAUGCACAGAAGGUAUGGCUCUGUGUUCUGGGCCUGUCUAUGCUCUAGCUGUUACCUGCCAGAGGAAGUGAGUGAAAUGUGUA